UGAGGGCGCGUGGUUGUGCAAUGGAAACGCUCCGUUCCUUCUUUAACUCAUUUGCUGAUACACCUUGUGUUCUCUGUAUGCUCUAUAGCCUAGUUUGCGCUGGACUUUUGGUGGGACUAAAACGGAGGCAGAAGGAAGAAGAAAGUGGGCUUGGACCCUUAGUGGCAGAAAGAAGCAGUAAAUUCCGUCAUUGUUGAGCAACGCUGAUAGAAGGAGCACAUUUACUAGCUGAAAUCUCACAAACAAGAGGGAAGGAAAAACUUGUUUAUUCAUGCCCUGCCAGUUGGCAGAUCUCUUUGUUUAGAGAGCAUUCAGCCCUGAGUGUUGCUUGUUGCAAUCACGGUAUUUACUUAGCUGACUUUCCCAGAAACGGCGCAGAGUAGAAGUGGCUUUAAAAUAUGCUUGUGUGAUUGUGUGAAGAGACUGUAUAUAGCAUAAGAGCUAUUGAAAAGAGAGAAGGGGGAAAAAAAAAGAAAGCAAAAUAAAACACAUCCUGUCAUGAUUGUACAUGCAGCAUUAUUAUUUCACCAAACCAGGGGGGUGGCUUUUUCACCAAAAGAUAUAUACUUAGUAUGUCAGCUGAGCCUUAUUAUAGCAGAGGGUGGGUCUUCCACCCACAGUAGAUUUCCUCAAAAUAUUCCUCACAGUGUGAGGUUUUCCUAGCUGUGCUGUGUACAUCCUUCACUGUUUUGAUGGUGGAUUAUUCUUGGAAUGUCAGGCUUUGAGAAUGUGGCCUUAUGCCUUCCCCCCUCCCUUUUCUUUUUUUUAAAUGUUUGUUAUAUAUGGGGAUUCUCUGCAAAGGACCGGCUUUACUGCAUUGCAUCUUAUUUCUGAAACACGAAUAUCAAGCUGGUUGUGUUGUGAUCUGUGAAGAACAGAAAUAGGUGAUGUGGUUGAGUACUGCAGUUCUUGCAAUCCAGUUUUUGAAAGGAAGUGGGAACUUUAAUGCCCUAACUGAUGCAUUUCAGAAAAACAUCUCCCCUAGGGGUUUGUCCUCAGAAGAUAAAAAUUCAGGUUUUUUAAGGAGUAUUGAGCUAGGAAUAUUAACCACUUUUAAAAUUUCAGAUAAGUGAAUAUAAAUCAUAUCUAUAUUUUUAUAUAUAUAUAUAUAUGUGUAUGUGCAGAUGCGUGUCUGUUAGUGCUUGCCUACACCAGAAACUCUUUAAUGUAAUUGUUUUAGUAUAAGAAAGGUAUGCAGCUUGUAGAGGUAGUUUGCACUGUAACAUGGAUUUUUACUUCCUCUGCUACUGUCAGAGAAGAGUAACUGCCUUAACCAGAUUGGAAAUCAAUUUCACCAGAGUGUGAAAUUGUCGUUUAAAGCCUCAUCGUGUUUCAGGACACAGUUCUUACUUGAGCACAGAAUGUAUUUAGACCUGCAGCAGCUUUUUUGGGACAGAGAAAAAAAACCCUGUCUUAAAGUUGUGGUUUUAAAAAUGUGCUAUGUCUUCAACAUAAGGAAAUUCACUAGGCCAUUGCACACUCAAAUGGAAAAUGGCUAUGUUGGUUUUUGCUCUCCAGUGGAAAGUGCUCCCCAUGAAACUGAGCUGCACAGGGAUUUAUCGGUAGAAUGUUUGGAGGAUGGGGGGGGUGAAAUUCGAUAGAGAUGAUUUAAAAAAACUAACAAAAAAAAUCUAAUGAAGACUAGAUUUUCUGUGUCUGCCAUAGGGAUUGUUAAACUUGAGGGGCUUCAGAAAAUGUGGCCGCAUGAAUGAGGGUUGAACUCUGAAAUAUCACCCCAGCAUUUGUAUGGAUUACUGGGAGUUUGAACUCUUCCUGUUUUGAAUAGUGUCUUAGCUGGAGGAAAAACAUCUCUUACCAAUCACGUCACAUCCCCGUGCCCAUUAGCAGCAAGUUCUUGUGUGGAAUAUGAACAUAAGAAAAGCAAUUAAAGUAUUUUUAGCAUUUUUAAAUGAAACUAGCACUGGGGAAGACGACUAGUCUAUAGGGAGCAGACCGUUGAGGAACCCUUUCAGAAGGUAUCCCAAAUUAAUAUUUAGCUCAUGUUGUACAAUGUCAUUGUAGUUAAUGUUGUAUACUAGUGAAAUCUUUUCAACUCAGAGGCAGUAUCCAUUUAUCCUAGCAGGGAAUUUGACCUUUGGAUCUUCAGGAUUGCUGUUAUUGUUCUGCUUAUAUCUUUUUUAUAUCUUCAUAAUAAGGCAAUUCCCCAGGCUGAGGGAAAUGGCAGUCCCAGAUUUCUGCUGUUUCAGGUGUCAGUUUUGAAAUCAUUCCCUACCACCUUCAGGGUAUUGAUCAUGCAUUUUUGGUUUGCUUUUUUUGUUUUGUUUUGUUGUGAUAGAACAUGAAGUUGGCUAUAAAUGUAGAAGUUGUGCCAUUUAAAGCACGUGUACACGCUUCAAUUUUCUUGUGUCCCACGGCAUUCCUAUUCUUAGCAUAGCCAGUGCAGAGGGUAUCUUUCAUCAGGGUUUUGUGCUGAGGGCAACCAAAUGCAGAGUGUACACCAUGACUGAUUUAACCAGGCAGGGCUUUGUAGCAUCCUGCUUUUUCCUCUUGGUGCCUUGGAGCUGGCCAGCGAUAAGCACACAUGAGGGUGUGAAUGAACUGAAUUACGCUAUAGAGGAGCAAGGGCUGGUAGCGAUAAACGGGGUUCACAGCACCAUUUAAAGCACCUAAUAGGAGAUCCAAGUAAACGGUUUGUGGUAGGAAAUUGCACCACUUAUGAAGUAGUAACUGGAAAAUCCAGACCUCUCCCUCCUGCUUCCAGCUUAGUCCUGCCUCAGGGGAAGUUACUGUCUGCUGACAAGGAAGGGUAGUGUGGUAAGAGAUGAACACCAGUUACUUAGGGCUUAUAUUAGGAAAGGCUUUAUUGCUAAUACCUAGAGCUUGAAUUAGCACCAGGUUUUGGAAACAAACUGAAUGCGUGUUUCCUGUCUGCUCAGAGUGGGAGAAGGAAUCUUUGGUGUUUCAAGGGUUACCUUUUGGUUUUCUGUCCUAUGCUAAGAUAGGAAAUGCUGCUGAUACUGUACAUUGCCUUAACUUAAAAUUUUGCAUGGUGUGUCAUAAGACUUGAUGUCUCAGGUAUUUCAUUUUCUAAUCUUCUUUCUUCUUCCCUUUGCAAAAAAAAAAAUUAAUUAGUUUCUGGCUCAAUCAGAGGAGUUCUCAGUGUCUUAUUAAUAUAGUAUGCUUACAAAUAACCCAAAACUAUUGAGAUUAGGAGUGGCAAGGGAGUGUUACUAAAAUCUUUCACGUGCUUUUUCUGGAAUGCUGUUUCCCUCCCCCCAGCUCUUAUGCAUUAGCAUCCUCUUGUCAUUAUUAAAUUCACUCUGAGUAAUUCCUUGGACCUUUUCUAUUACUAUAUUUUUUCCCUUCCCGUGUUACCGCACUCUGAAAUCCCUGACUUUCACUGAGCACAGUGCAAGAGAUAACACCUGACUCCUGGCAAGCUGCAUCAGUGUUACCUGUCCAUUGCUGUCAGGGCCAAGCUGUCAGUGUGCUGCUCCAUUUGAACUCCUGUAAGUGUCCUGCUUCUUGGGAAAGCCUUGCUGCAGUUUAGGGGUGUGUAUGUAUACAUGCACAAAUUCGGCUUGCAAGAAUGUGUUUACUUGAGCAAAGUACUUCUUAAAUUUGGUUUAUCAGAAAUAACACGGUCCUGUGUUGACCAGUACACCACAUAUACUGUGUCAGUCUGUUCAGGACUAGUCUGACCACCUUUAAGAUAAUUUUUAAAGAUUUCUUUAGAAGUGAUUGAAAAUAUGACGCUAUAAUUCUGAAAGUUCGGAUUUGGACCUGUUAGUCUAAAAAGCGUUACGGUUGGUUUGGGAAGUCAUUUGAUAUUUGGGUUUUGAAGCAGAGUCAUUUUUCUGAAGUAAAAGCUCAGUCUGCUGGGCUUCAGAACACUUCUGCUGCCUUGAAGAUGGCCAGGGCAUGAAGGUGCUGAUUCAGUAUUAGAGCUGAGCUGUCUUGAUUCCUCUUUGUCUGUGUAAUGCUUUACUGGCAGUUUGCAAACCUGACAGUCAUGCAGGAAAUGCCUUUUCUGUUUUUUCCACCUCCUGCCAUGAGCAGCAGGAUCUCUGUAGGAUCAGUUGAGGAGUACUUGCUUCAUUCACACUCAUUUCCCUGUUUCUCUUGCCCAGGAAGGAUACAUGACUUGCUGAAAAGAGAGAAAAUGCUAUGCUGGGGCUACUCGUCUUUUGGACAACCUGGGAUAGGUAGUAACCUCCAGGUCAUCAUUCCUGAACCACAGGUGUAUGGAUUCAUUCAUGACAGAAAUGUCAAGGAGGUGGCAUGCGGAGGAAAUCACUCUGUGUUCCUGUUGGAAGAUGGGGAGGUGUAUACCUGUGGCUUGAACACCAAAGGUCAACUGGGGCAUGACUGUGAAGGAAGCAAGCCAGAGCAAAUUGGAGCCCUGGCUGGGCAGCACAUUGUGCACGUGGCCUGUGGGGAGUCUCACAGUGUGGCACUCAGCGACCAGGGCCAGCUCUUCUCCUGGGGCGCCGGCAGCGAUGGACAGCUGGGAAUCACCACUAUGGAAGAUGCAGUGAUGGUGCCAAGGUUGAUAAAGAAAUUGAACCAACAGACGAUACUGCAGGUUUCCUGUGGGAAUUGGCAUUGCUUGGCUCUGGCAGCAGAUGGCCAGUUCUUCACAUGGGGCCAGAACCACUAUGGUCAGCUGGGCUUGGGCAAAGAAUGUCCCUCCCAGGCCAGUCCACAACGUGUCAAGUCUCUUGAUGGGAUUCCUUUGGCUCAGGUUGCGGCAGGCGGAGCCCACAGUUUUGCCCUUUCUCUCUCAGGAGCUGUGUUUGGCUGGGGAAAGAACAGCUCGGGACAGCUGGGACUGAGUGAUGAACGAGACCGAGAAUCCCCUUGCCAUGUGAAGCUGUUGCGAUCUCAGAAGGUUGUUUACAUCAGCUGUGGAGAGGAACACACAGCAGUCCUGACAAAGAGCGGAGGGGUGUUCACGUUCGGUGCAGGUUCCUGUGGGCAACUGGGGCAUGACUCCAUGAAUGACGAAGUGAACCCCCGAAGAGUUCUUGAGCUAAUGGGCAGUGAAGUAUCCCAGAUUGCUUGUGGAAGACAUCACACUUUAGCCUUUGUGCCUUCUUCAGGAAUGAUCUAUGCAUUUGGCUGUGGAACAAGAGGCCAGCUGGGAACGGGGCACACUUGCAAUGUUAAGUGCCCCUCUCCCGUCAAGGGUCACUGGGCAGCUCAUAAUGGGCAACUCUCAGGGAAACCUGAUGCCUGUAAAUAUCACAUUGUUAAACAUAUCUUCUCUGGAGGAGACCAAACAUUUGUGCUUUGCUCCAAAUACGAGAAUUCCUUGCCUGCUGAUGAUUUCCGGACCAUAAAUGAAACACGUUACACCUGUUUAAUAAAUGAUGAAACUAUAGAUGUCUGGAGGCAAAAGCUUUUAGAAAAGAACAGUUCUAAUUCUGUCAAUAGUGUUGUCCAGAUACUAUCAUCAGCUGCCUGCUGGAAUGGAAGCUUCUUGGAGAAGAAAAUCGAUGAACAUUUUAAAACCAGUCCAAAGAUCCCAGGGAUUGAUCUAAACUCAACCAGAGUGCUGUUUGAGAAGCUGAUGAACUCUCAGCACUCCAUUCUCCUAGACCAGGUACUCAAGAGCUUUGAAAGCUUUUUGAUUCCUCAGCUGUCCAGCUCUCCACCAGAUGUUGAGGCAAUGAGGAUCUAUCUGAUUCUCCCUGAAUUCCCACCCUUCCAAGACUCCAAGUAUUAUAUCUCUCUAACGCUUCCUCUAGCAAUGGCUAUUCUGCGUCUGGAUACCAACCCCAGCAAAGUUCUUGAUAACUGGUGGUCUCAAGUGUGCCCAAGAUAUUUCCUCAGGCUAGUGGACCUGUAUAAGGGUGCAGUGGUUUACCUCCUCAGUGGAAGGAAGACGCUGUUGAUUCCAGUCCUGUUCAGCAGCUACAUUACGGCUGCUCUCAGACUCCUGGAGAAACUCCACAAGGUAAAUCAGAAGGUUAAACAUGUGGAAUAUGAUAAGUUUUAUAUCCCUGAGAUUUCCAACUUGGUGGACAUUCAGGAGGAUUAUCUCAUGUGGUUCUUGCAACAGGCUGGAAUGAAAGUAAGACCAUCUAUCAUGCAGGAUGCUGUGACCCUCUGCUCUUAUCCUUUCAUCUUUGAUGCUCAGGCUAAGACCAAGAUGUUACAGACAGAUGCAGAACUACAGAUGCAGGUUGCAAUAAAUGGUGCAAAUUUGCAGAAUGUCUUCAUGCUUCUCACACUGGAGCCUCUGCUGGCCAGAAGCCCUUUCCUGGUACUUCACGUUCGCAGGAGUAACUUGGUUGGUGAUGCUCUAAGGGAGUUGAGCAUCCAUUCAGACAUUGAUUUGAAAAAGCCUCUUAAAGUCAUCUUUGAUGGUGAAGAAGCUGUCGACGCUGGGGGAGUGACAAAGGAAUUUUUCCUCCUGCUUUUAAAAGAACUCCUCAACCCUAUCUAUGGCAUGUUUACUUACUACCCAGAGUCAAACCUGCUGUGGUUCUCAGACACGUGUUUUGUAGAACACAACUGGUUUCACUUGAUUGGCAUCAUAUGUGGUCUUGCAAUAUACAAUUUCACAGUGGUAGACCUUCACUUUCCCUUGGCUCUGUACAAAAAACUCUUGAACGUGAAGCCCUGCCUAGAGGAUUUGAAGGAGCUAUCCCCUACGGAAGGAAGGAGUCUUCAGCAACUUUUAGAUUACCCUGGGGAAGAUGUGGAAGAGACGUUCUGUUUGAAUUUUACAAUUUGCAGGGAAAGCUAUGGUGUGACAGAGCAGAAGAACCUGAUUGAAGAUGGAGAUAAAAUUCUGGUGCAGAAGGACAAUAGGGAAGAAUUUGUUGAAGCCUACGUAAAUUACAUCUUCAACCUCUCCAUCCAUGAGUGGUACACGGCCUUUUCUACUGGCUUCCUGAAAGUGUGUGGUGGGAAAGUCCUGGAACUCUUCCAGCCCACAGAGCUCAGGGCCAUGAUAGUUGGAAACAGUAACUACAACUGGGAGGAACUGGAGGAGAGUGCUGUCUAUAAGGGAGACUACACUGCCACACACCCAACUGUGAGAAUGUUUUGGGAGACCUUUCAUGCAUUUCCCUUGGAAAAGAAGAAGAAAUUUCUCUUGUUUCUGACGGGCAGCGACCGCAUUCCCAUCUACGGCAUGUCCAGCCUGCGCAUCAUCAUCCAGUCCACCACCAGCGGGGAGCAGUACCUGCCCGUGGCACACACCUGCUACAACCUCCUGGACCUGCCCAAGUACAGCAGCAAGGAGAUCCUCAGCGCCCGGCUGGUGCAAGCCAUCGAUCACUAUGAGGGCUUCAGCUUGGCCUGAUCGGCACAGGAGAGGCACAGACACUUGGGUUUUAUUUUUGUAAGGGAAUGGAUCUGAACUUUUUUUUUUUUUUUGGGAAAAUAUAAAUAAUAAUAAUAAUAAUAGAGAUGAAGCAGUCUCAGCCUGAUGCUGCCAGCAUUUUGUGGGGCUUCAGUAGGGGGAGGCUGUUGCUUUGAAUUUCUUCAUCUACUGAAUGAAAUCAGUUCAAUGGGCAUUUCUGUUCUCCCUCCAACUUGACAUCGCUGCCCUCCUGGCAAUUCCUUGUAGUUUGCUUUUAUUGCCCCUAUACACACAUAUACACACACACUUACCUCUGCUUUUAAUUUAGUUUAAAUAUUUUGGUGUUUCCUUGCAUUUAGGUUAUGGUGGAAACUGAGGUUCUGGGUAAUCUCCUCUUCGAAAAGCUGUGAUUUCCCCCCACCCUUUUUUCCUCCCUUUUUAAAUGCAAGCUGGUUCUUGCUUGCUUUGAAUAGAAAUAUCCCCUCUGCCCUUUGGUCCUUGGUGGAUGGUACUGGUCUGGGAUGUCAUUUGUGACCCCCAGAGCAGUGCAUUAGUGAUGCUCUUUUUGCACUAGGCUGUCUCACAGAAAAUAUGGUAUAGGGGGGGUUGGCUUGUUUUUCCUCACUUGUCCUGUAUUUUGUUUCCAAGCAAUGUCUUCUUAAAGAAGCCUCAGAGUCCUCUGGAGCGGGGUUUAUGUUCAGGCUUGUGGAAGGACAAACCCUACCUGUAAUAAUGGGUUUCUCAAAUUGCCUCUCUUGUGUUGCACGUUUGUCUUGGCAAGUCUACAAGCUACAUGGGUGGGUUUUGCCGAGCCCUGUUUUUCCAUCCAAACAGACUUGUUAUUCCAAUGCAAGGUGAGGUGGCUGCUUUUACCACUGCCGCCUUUCUCCUCCAGAGGAGUCACGUGUGCGUGUGUGAAUGUGCGUGCACUGGGGUGUGCGAAUGUAUGAGGUGUUAUAAGCUCUCCAGUCUGGUCAGGUCAAAGAAAGGAGCACGAGAUUUACCUUUGAGCGAUAGCUCUCAGAGAUUGGUUUUAUUUUGGCAGCUAGGAUUAAUUUAUUUUGCUGUUUGAGAGCAGCCCCUUCACUUGACAGGUGUUUUGCUGGGGGGGACCUGAAGGACAAUCUGUAUGAACAAGACUGGAAAUGUAGAAAAAUCACUACCUAAAUCUAUCCUGUGUGAUUGGAGAGCCUUUAUCUUUUCCCCCCAGUCUCGCCACCCCAUUACAGGAAAUUUGAAUGAUUCUUCCCUUCCCCCCCCCAUUUUUCAGGUCUUGAUGUGAAUCUCAUUUUAAGCCUAGGCUGGUUUUGACAUUGACUUGUUAUUAGGACAUAGUAUUUAUGCACCAUGUUCAAUAGACCGUAUUGAACUUUGCACCUCGUAACAAAAGGUUUGAGGCUUCUGGGUUUUUUUUUUUUAAGACAAGCUGUGGGCUACGUGGAGAGCCCUCCAGCCUCUUUCUAAUGCAGCAUUGAAGAUAAAUAUACAGUUAUAUCAAAUGUUUAUUUUCGAUGUGUGUGUACAUAGUACAGUAUUAUGCAAUAAAUUUGAUGUUUAAUUCUG